GAAAAGUGCAACCGCAAUUUUUUUUCGUUUGUGAUGGCCUAAAAUUUCCAUUUCAUCGUAUACUUGCUUCGGUCGAACAUUAAAAGCAUCAUGUAAAGUGUAAAUUGUAAAUUGUGAGCUAGAAAACACAUUGGCACUGGAAUGUGAACCUGAAGUUUGAAAGUUACGUGAGUUUUUCUUGCCCGCACUUUGCUGCUCUUCUAUAGCUGUGGCUGCAAAAAUAGGAACCGUAAAAGUGAAACGCAGACCGGAACAACCGAUCGGUAUGAAUAAAAUCCUGCUGGUGCUGAUUAUUGCCAGUGGAUUUCUACUGAUCAUCUAUGCCAACAGCAACAUCUUCAAUCGGCGGAAUAUUUUGAUGAUAUUCCAACAGAAGGUUGAUCCUGGAGGAGGAGGAGGAGGCGAGUUAGUGCAUCCGGAGGUGCCUCCCGAUAGUAGCCGCUGGACGGAUGAUAAUGGUGCCGCCUUCGGGAAGCCCGCUUCGGCGCAGUUUCUAAGUGCCGCUCGAAUCAACGAACUGAAGCGGGUCAAGUACAUCCCGAAGGAGAACAAUGCCACCGAGUAUAACAUCUUCAUCAUCUACACGAAGGAAAGCCAGAACGUAAUUCUGAAGAGUAAGUUUGAGUUGUUUCUGAAAAGUCUGCUCAAGUAUACGACCAUUCCGAUGCAUCUGCACGUGAUAACGGACGAGCAGAGCGAAACUUCGGCCGAGGAGCUGAUUCGGGAACAGAUUAACCACUAUCGGAAGGUCGUUUUCUAUACGCUGUAUGAUGUGAAGGAUUGUGCCGAGAAGAUUAGCGAUAUUGUGAAGAAUAUGCUGCCGUUGUUUAAUUAUAAAACAGGGAGUUACUACAGUGACGCACUGUUUCUGAUUUCGCUAGGAUUACAUCGAAUUGUGGACGUAAAUAUGAAGCGAGCAAUUAUCAUCGACUGUGAUGUGGUGUUCCGGUCGUCGGUCAAGGAACUGUUCGAUCAGUUUGACCACUUUAGUUCGGAACAUUUGUUCGGUUUGGCACCGGAGUUGACGCCAGUUUAUUUGCAUAUUCUCUUCAAAUAUCGAGCUCAAAAUCCGCACAGUCUGUUUGGAACGCCAUACUAUCUGAAUAAGACGCAACUCGCCAUCGGCAGUUCGCUCGGUGGGUUCUUUAGUAGGACAACGAAGAAGACGAAGCACGGCUAUCCGGGGUUGAAUUCCGGUGUGGUAAUGUUGCGGCUAGACCGCAUUCGCCAAUCGCGGCUGUACGAGGAGAUUAUCAAAGCCGAAUCGGUGAAGAAUAUGGUGGAGAAGUACUCGUUUAAGGGACAUCUGGGCGAUCAGGACUUUUACACGCUGAUGGGAUUCGAGUUUCCCGGACUGAUCUAUCGGCUGGACUGCGUCUGGAAUCGGCAGCUGUGCACCUGGUGGAAGGAAAACGGCUACGGUAAUGUAUUCGAUAGCUACUUUCACUGCGAAGGGACGAUUAAGGUGUACCACGGGAACUGCAAUACCCGCAUUCCGGAGUGAACGGCGGUGGUAUGUUGUGGUGGGGACAAUAACCUGCGAGCGGGGAUGAAACGUUACUUUUUUCUCGCUCCUGUGGAUGGUUGUGGUGGUCUGGAAACAGGUAAAUCUUAUUGUUUUUUCUAAUCUUGUUAAAAGGAAGUCUUUGGGGAAAUACCGGUCUGCAACCAAUAUCUAUAGAAUUUUGGGAAAGAUAAUUUUGAUUUCUUUUUAAACUUCUUGAAGAUUUCUUUACCACUGCUACCAUUAUCUGUAUUUAAUCCACAACACAACUACUGCUCCUGCUUGUUCCUCUACUGUCUUUACUGAUGUAGACUCUGAUGUACUCGAAAAAGCUUCCAAUGCUAGUGACAUAUAAUUUAGAACUCAAUCCGCACUAAGUAUAUAUUAAUGACACAUUCCAUGAACAAUUGUUUUGUGAUCUCAUUUUAAGAAAAUGAUUUUAUUUAGUGAUACAUUAUUAUACAUUAGCCUAACAUGCUAUCAACAUAUCUAAAUUCUCUAGCAAAUAUCAGUUAAGUUGCCUUACAAAACCGUACUAUAUUAUAUACUAAAAGGUGAAACGAAAAUAGCUAAAAGUGUUGCAAUAUCGGGACUAAUUUGAAAUGUUUGCAAUUUUAGUUAAGACUAGAUUUUUUUGUUAACAAGUUUUAAAUUCUAUCUGUCGAUCUGCAAUCUUGCGUACGCUUAACUAAAACAAAAAGCAUAUAAUCUCUUCGCUACGUGCCUGCUUGCGAGCAGCGUGAGCGAUUGUUACUUACUUUGGUUGAUUUUAUUACAUCUACUAUGAAUACUAUGAAUUGUUAGUUGCAUUUAAGUUAAAAAGCUAAAACAAAAACCCUUGGCGUUGGCGCUUAGAAUUCCAGCAACUGAACUGGUGCGGUGUAGCCGAAGCAGUAGGACUUGUUCGCGUUGUGUAGGAACUGAGGAACAAUAAGAAAAUUAAUUAGGACACGUAAUUUACGAAUGUUAGUACAGUAAAGUAAAGUAAAGUAAAGUUAUAUAGGGCCAAACGACGCAGACGAAGGCGUAAUUAUAUAUACAUGGCGUAUAAUGAUAAGA